UUCUAUUGCUUGAAAUUUUUUUUUUCGGAAAUCUUAACAGGUCUUCAUUAUAGACGUUCAGGGUAUAUGUAAACAUGACAGUCGGGCAGACGCGUCAUUCUUGGGAUUGGAAUGACGGAUGAAAAGGAGAAAAUAUCACCGUAUAGAAACACUGUCUUUGAUUGCAUUGUGGCCGAUUUCAAGUUACCUGUUUAGGUGAAGUAGUCAAGAGACACCAUGAAGUCGGGAUAUAUCACGUGCAUUCUUCUUUGUCACACUUUGCUUGGGGCUCAAACCCGCAGCACUAUCAAACCCAUAAAAUCUACUACACAGCAUAUCCGCAAGCCUUCACAAAAAUAUCACACAUAUGGAAACCCUACGUUUCCGUGGCCUAAGUAUGAACCUCCGAGAUAUAUCCCAAAGGAACCUGAAACGUGGCCACCGAUCGCGAUAGCUUUAGGGAUACCAUUUAAUAAACCAAAAGGCUACGGGGUUUGGUCCCAUUUGUGGCCCCCAAGAUGGCCCCCAAAACCCCAACGAAUUCUUCCAGAGAAGAGCUACCCAUUCAAACCUAAACCUGAGGACGAUGAAAAAAAGAAAGAGAGAAAGAGACGCAGAAAAUACCCAUUCGGUUUAAAGAUGAUGGAACACCCAGGCAAAGUGAAGAGAAUUAAGGCUGUGAAACCUGGUCUAGCUGUUGAAAACCAAUUUAUAUUCAAAUUGUGGAGUAAUUGUACAGAUUACGAAGCUGGCAAAGCUUUCGCUCAUGCAAAACUUCCAUACCGAAUGCGCCACCAGUUUGGGGACAACAGCAAUCUCGUAUGGCUGAAGAACGUGAGUGAAAAACAGCUUGAAGAACUUCAGGAGUAUACAGAUGUAUUUGAAUUGAUCGAACCGGAUCUCAUCACAAAUAUUACAUGUACCACAUACAACGCCUCGGGAUUUUAUCGAUGGGGCCUCGAUCGACUGGACAAUGUGGACCUGGCAGUUGCCUAUGAUUCAUCAUUUAAGAUGACCACAGCUGGCAUAGGGGUGGAUAUUUACGUGGUGGAUACCGGAAUAAAUAAAGAUCACGAAGAUUUUGGAGGGCGCGUCACUUAUGGAUAUUCCAUUACCUCUACGGCGGCUGAUGAUCACGGUCAUGGAACCCACGUGGCCGGGAUAUUGGGUGGGACAAAAUACGGGGUGGCCAAAGACGCCAAUAUAAUUGCGGUGAAAGUAAUAGACAAAGACGGCACUGGAACAGUUUCUGACUUUCUCAACGGGAUACAGUGGAUCCAAGAUCAAAUUAGAAUAACAAAACGGAAAUCUGUGGUUAAUGUUUCUCUCCGUUGGCCACUCUCUGAAUCUGCUAAUUCUGCCGUCGAAGGCCUGGUAAAAGACGGUAUUGUCGUCGUCGCCGCCGCUGGAAACGAUAGAGGGGACGCCUGUCAGUAUUCGCCAGGCAGUGAACCGUUGGCAAUAUGCGUAGGGGCAACAGACUGGUUAGACAAUGUAGUGUCCAGUUUUAACAGUGGUUCUUGUGUGGAUAUUUAUGCCCCUGGGUUGCAAAUAAAGAGUGACUGGUAUACCAAUCACACAGCAACCAUGGUUCAAAGUGGAACUUCGUCUGCAACAGCGUUCGUUGCCGGGACAGCGGCUGUGUAUCUCUCUGCCCUACCAGAAGAAGUCGUGCCUUCAAAAAAUCUAGUGGCUGAAGUCGAAUCUCUUCUGUAUUCAACAGCAGCCGCUGUUCUGUAUUUCGACUUCAUAAACGCCACCUUGGCGUCAGAAUGCGUCAAUCGAUUGUUGCAGAUCACAUGUUAGAAGAGAUCUUACUAUUUAAUGCGUAAUUGUUUUGUUGUUGUUUUCUUCAGUCUACCCGCUACAGUAAAAUAUACCCAACCUUUUCGGAUAUAACACAGAUUAAUUAAAAGAAAAUAACUGUGUUUAUUUAUAGAAGGUAGCCAUGACAUCCAUUUCAGAUAUUUAAGACUUACUUUUAAAAGGAGUUUUUCGUGUAAAUUGUUCUGUUCGAGGAAGUAUGUGUUUUACAAAUAAUGUCUUGUUUUGUUGAGGUUGUGGUUUUAUUUCAUGACAAUUUUUCCCUGGUGUGUACUGAUAACUGUUAUCACAGCCAUGCGAAAUUAAUGUUUUGUAAAUUAUUAAACGCAAAAUUAGGCGCACCUUUUUAAACAUAGCAAGAUAUUCAAACGCUAUAUCGCAAACACACACAUUCUGUUACAUUCUUUGAAAAUAGAUAUCUCCAAUGAGAGACUUUAAAUGACUUUAAAACAACUUUCAAGGAUUCUUCCCGAAUUAAAGCCUCCAACAGAUCAUUUAAAGUGGUCAGCACUAGAUCAUCUUUAAUUCGGGAAGAAUCCUUGAAAUUCUCGUAUGUCGCUCUCUAACGUGUUAGCAAAGAAAGGUUGUUUUUAUAUAUAGUUGUUGUGUUCUGUUUUGCUGUAUGUGCAAAAACCAAGGCAUCAAAUGCAUAGCACAUAUUUUUACCGUAAGUUGUAUGACGGUCUGCCUUUGAUUUGUGCUUGUAAAUAGUUUAGGUCUAACAUACGCAAUUGCUUACUGCAAAGAUAGGAAGUUGAUAAAACAUCUAUCAGUGCUAUAGAUUUGACGAACAAUUUGCACUUUGGUUUGGAAGUAUUUUGGCUAACAGUGAGAUUUUUUAAAAACACACUAUUUAGGCUGAUAAGACAUGUAGAACAGCAGAAUAAAA